CCAAAAUCCGUUUUCCCGGCAAAAUCACACACACCCCCUCCCAAAAAUGAAAUCUAAAUUUUUUUAUAAGAAAAAAAAAACGAAAAUUUCCCUCUUAAAAAUCUAAAAAAAUAUUAAAAAUAAAAAAUAAAUAAAAUAACAUCACCUCAUAUUUAUAGUCUAAGAAAACACAUUUUUGUAGAAAACCUUACCUCUUUAGCUUCUAGCUUCUCGCUUCACUGUCUAGAGAAAUGACAACGGAAUGAGAACUCACCGCCGGCGAUCAUGUCAAUCCCGUUUUCCGAUUGCUUCACCGAUCUUCUCUGCAGCGAGGAAUCCUCCGAAAUCUUCUCAUCCGAUGACUCGCCGGAAUGCUCAUCGGACCUCGAUUCUUCCGCCGGUGCUGGCGAAGAAUCGAUUGCUAGUUUUAUCGAGGACGAGCGGAACUUCGUCCCUGGAUUUGAUUAUUUAUCGCGAUUCCAGUCUCGCUCUCUCGACGCAUCGGCUCGAGAAGAUUCAGUUGCAUGGAUUCUCAGAGUGCAAGCUUACUAUAGAUUUCAGCCAUUGACGGCGUAUCUCUCCGUUAAUUAUUUGGAUCGCUUCCUUUAUUCUCGUCCAUUGCCGCAAACAAAUGGAUGGCCAAUGCAACUAUUAUCAGUUGCUUGCUUAUCAUUAGCAGCUAAAAUGGAGGAACCUCUGGUUCCUUCUCUAUUGGAUCUUCAAGUAGAAGGUGCCAAAUUUGUGUUCGAACCAAGAACAAUCCGACGGAUGGAACUUCUUGUUCUUAAUGUGUUGGAUUGGAGGCUACGAUCUAUAACACCAUUUAGCUUUCUCGCAUUUUUUGCUUGCAAGAUGGAUUCAACGGGAGCGUAUCUUGGAUUUCUAAUCGCACGAGCUACGGAUAUUAUCUUAUCUAAUAUGCAAGAAACGAGCUUUCUCGAGUAUUGGCCGUCCAGCAUUGGUGCCGCUGCUAUGCUUUCUGCAGCCAAUGAAAUACCAAACUUGUCUCUUAUUAGUCCUGAACAUGCCGAAACGUGGUGUGAUGGGCUAAGUAAAGAAAGAAUAAUCAGCUGCUAUCAGCUAAUGCAAGAUCUCGUAGUCGACAAUAACCGAAGGAAAAGCCCGCAAGUUUUACCACUGCUUAGAGUUAUUCGAGCCAAAACGAGGUUCGGUGAUUCAUCUUCGUUUUCAUCUUCACCUUCGCCUACGUCAUCAUCGUCGUCAUCCUCAAUAUCAUAUAAAAGGAGAAAAUUAAAUAAUUUCUUAUGGGUUGAUGAUGAUGACAAAGGAAACCCCGAGUAAGGUAGAUGGGAUUAUAAAAAAUCAAAUGGAGAAUAUAAAAACACAAAAAGAAAAUAAGGGAAGAAAUUAAAUGGUGGUCCAAAAGUUAUCUAGAAUCCCCAAAAUAUUUUUCUUGGAGGGUUUUGAGGUGAAAAUUGACUCGAGGGAUAUAAGAUUAUUUUUGUAUAUAUAUGGUGUGGAUUAGAGUUUUUUUUUUGGUGAGUUUGAUGAUUUUUUAAUAUUUUUCAGUAGUGGGGUACUUUGCCAAUUGAUAAUUAUUUAAUGGCAUUGCAGAUUCCCAAGGGUGGGGAUUGUGUUACCCUUAAAAUAAUUUUGUGUGAGUCACAUAAUUAUACAAUUUGGAAGAAAUUGGGGGAGUGAUUGAAAUUCAAUGGCAUCUAUUAUUGAAUGAAAGUGUAGGAAUUAAUGGUGGGUCAUGCCAAGAAAAAUCAUAGAGAGUUUUGUAGAAAAUAAGCUCAUUGAGAGUUGGAAACCAAAUAAAGUUUUUUGGUUCAUUUCAAUAUCAAUGGCUCUAUCUGUUUAUAGAUUUUUGAUUUUGAGAGUGGGUUAGUGUGCUUUUUUGGCGGGAAAAUUGCCUCUUUUUCUAAGUUUUAAAUGGCCUCCUGACCUUGGCCUAACCAUAUACUACUUCGCCACGUGGACUGUGCUAGUCAUCACACGUGUGUAAACUUUUCUUAAUUACAAUUUUUUUUCUUUCUUUAGUUACAAGAGGAAAUUAAUUAACCCUCUUAGACAAGGCCUUAAUUAAAAAUGGCCUGAAUACAAAGGUCUUUGGGGCCUUCUUUCAUGCGUGUUUGUAAUCUGAUUAUAAUUCUGAUUAAGAUAAUAAUAAUAAAUAAUUGUUCAAA